UAAAACGCACAAUGCUUUUGUGUUAGCCCCAAAGAGUUGACCCAAACAGGAUAAGCACUGCACCAAGAGGUCAUGCUGUAUCACUGCAGCCACCACCCAAGACAAUUUACAUUAAUCAAAUACAUUAAUCUGUGUAAUCUCUUGUAAUUACAAAGAUUUGCUUGGUUUAAUAAAAAAUAAUCCCCCUCAAUUAGACCCCCUGCCUCUAACUCUCUUGUACCCCACUUUUCUUCUAAUUAGGUGGUUAAAUAUGCGGAGCAUUUAAAUUAAGUGCCGUUAACGCUCUAGUUAUUGCAAGAGAAGUCUUUCCAGAAGGAGGCUUUCUUGGAAGAUUUGCAACUGGUGGUGGUGCUGUUUUUCCGAACAGGUGGCUAAACGAACAAACACACAACUUAACGAACGCAUUUACCUGUUUACUCGAUUCACGCAUGCCUCAGAGACUGACGUCACAUCUGCUACCAAAUUAAUCGUUUGUUGGACUAAUCUGUACCAGCACUUCUUGAAAAGACGGAACACACGAGGAAAGACAAAGAAACUGGAACCAGGACAACAUGUUAUAAAGUGGGAUCCAAAAACUGGAUUUUUGACCACUAAGCCACAGAUUCCAAGAUCUAACAAUACAGAAAUGGAGGACAACGCAUGCCGCAGCAAUCGAGAACAACUGGGACUUCAGUUCACUAUUGACUAUCUUUUGUACAACAAAGGACGCAACGAUGAGAGGCCAGAACCAGAGGACGAUAGCCCUCCAUCCGAAGGUCUUCAAAGCACAGUCAACGAAACUCUCUCGGAACAGAGUAGCGAAAAAUCAGAGGACCAGGAAAAUGAAGACAACGGAUGUGAAGAGGAACACGAAAAGACAAAUCUGAAGAGUGAAGGAACGGAUGAGAAGCCAGCGCAGUCCUACAUCGCCCUCAUUUCCAUGGCCAUCCUGGAUUCAGAUGAAAAGAAGCUCCUGUUGUGUGAUAUUUACCAGUGGAUCAUGGAUCACUAUCCUUACUUCAAAAGCAAGGACAAGAACUGGAGAAACAGCGUCAGACACAAUCUUUCUUUGAACGAGUGCUUCAUCAAAGCCGGUCGCAGUGAUAAUGGCAAGGGCCAUUUCUGGGCUAUUCAUCCAGCCAACUUUCAAGACUUCUCUAACGGGGACUACCACCGGCGACGGGCCCGGAGAAGGAUCCGCAGAGUGACAGGACAGCUCCCCUUCGCUCUACCUGCGCAUUACCAAAGCCUCGGCCACCUGAAACGCUCACCAUGUUGGUGUUGUCCACCGACGCACCCAUUGAUAAGCUUCUCUCCCGGAGUGUACUGGAACUGGGCAGCGCUUCAGACACACCGCAGACCGCCCCUUCACGGACUGAUAUGACCGCAUCCACACUCAAAUGUGUUGGAAAAUGAAUUGUAUAUAUUUUGUAAGCCAAGUUCAAAACUGUUCGUAAAAUGAAAAUAAAUAA